GUGACGUUUCCUUUUUCGUGGAAUUUUCGCGAAAUAACUCUCGUCUCGUCAGUUUAUGGUGGAUUUCUGGCAGUUAUCAUUUCAUAAUUUCUCUUUCGAGAAGAAAGGAAAGUAUUGCAAGUCUCGAUCGAUAUCAACGGGAUCUUUCGAUCACCUGUCAUCCGGCGAGGAAGAAACGGCUAGAGCCGCAACGACAAGUGGAUUUACCGGAAACGAGUCUUCGACACGGAGGAUGACAGAAAAGUAGAGCGGAGCUGGGAAAAAGAAGGCAAGACUAUGGAUCUUCUUCUCUUGAUCGGAUUGCUUCCCUUGAUAUCAGGAGUUCUCGGGGAUUGUCCCUUGGUGCAAGCGCCACAAUGGGGAAGAGUGAGAGAACGAGUCCUUAAAGAUGGUACUUUACAGACCGUGUACUCGUGUGAACCAGGCCGUAGAUUGAAGGGUCAUAAAAUACUGACUUGCACCGCAGACGGUUGGAAUCAUCCCAUCCCGAAAUGUGUGCCUCACGACAACAGGUUCCGACAUUUUCGCACCGAUCUGUAUCUCGGCGAUGAUCCAAUUUCAACGGUGGCUGCGGGCGAGGAGAGGGCGGCGAGGGAUCGGGUGAGGGCGCGCAAGAGGAUCGGCGAGCUGAAGAAGCGAAGGAAGGCGAAGGAGAGGAGGCAGAGGAUGAGGAACGGGGGCGAGAAGUCGGCGGUCGAGCCGCCUCAGGCUUUGCCACGCGCGGCAUUGAAUGAAACAAUAAUGUCGAGGCUGGAUCUGAGCUGCAUCAUGAAAGCUCGAAGGAAAGGAUUUACCAAAGCUCCCCCCGUCGAGAACGCGUAUCCCGCCAAGUAUGCCAGAAGGAAGAGCGUACUACCGCCGUACAAUCGAUACCUGGUGGCAGUUUACGAGUGCACCGAGGGAUACGUUUUCGAGGACUCGACGACUGAUCGACUUUUCUGCAGCGAUGGCACUUGGUUAGGCGCACUUCCGCGUUGCGUAAAAGUGGAAGAAGCGACACUCAAUAACGUGAAACGUUGCAAUCAGGAUCGAGGCGGGUGCGAGCACGUGUGUGAAGAUACUCAAACAGGCGUGAACUGCUCGUGUUUCGAUGGAUUCCGCGUCAAAGGAUCUUCCUGCAUAGACAUAGACGAAUGUGCCGAAAGUACAGCUGGUUGCGCUCAAAUUUGUCACAACGAUCCUGGCUCCUUCCAUUGCGAAUGUCAUUCUGGUUAUCAAUUGGGGACCGAUAGUAAAUCGUGUCUGGACGUUAACGAGUGCCUGGUGAAUAACGGGCACGGGCCGUGCCAAGGCACUUGCAUCAAUCUCGAAGGGAGCUACGAGUGCAACUGUUCCGAUAUUCCUGGCCACAAAUUGGCCGCGGAUAAUCACACCUGCGAGGAUAUCGACGAGUGCUCGACCAACAACGGGGGAUGUUCCCAUGUUUGUUUGAACACGCCUGGAAGCGCUUUUUGCCUCUGCCCAGACGGCUUUUACCUGACCAACGACUGGAAAACGUGCCAAGAUGUGAACGAAUGCGAGAAUGCAUCCAAGGUUUGCACGAAUAAUACCGAUUGCGAGAACACUGUCGGCUCGUUUAAAUGCGUGAGCAAGCCACAAAAGAUGACCAAAGUUCUCCAGGACGAGGAUUACGACGCGGAGGACGACGAGGACGAGGACGAUUACGACGAGGAAGAGGGUAUCACGGAAAUUCCGGAAUUUGGGAAAUGCGAGGACGGCUUCAGAAAGAACAAAAACGGCGAAUGCAUUGACAUCGACGAAUGCUUGGACGAAGGAGAGUUUCCCGGCUGCCAACACGAGUGCGCGAACGAGCCGGGUGGUUACUACUGCACCUGUCAUUUGGGUUUCAAGCUCCAAGAAGACGGCGUAUCGUGCCGCGAUAUCGACGAGUGCGAGGAGGGGGCGAAUCCGUGCUCCCACGGUUGCAACAACACCGAGGGCUCCUUCGCGUGCACCUGUCCAACGGGAUUCUCUCUAAAGGAGGACAAUCUCACGUGCGCGAGAACCUGCGAAACUCUGGCGACGCCCUGUUCCCACGAGUGCCGAGAAUCGGAGAACGGGCCGAUAUGCGUCUGCCCGCGCGGUUAUCGCAUCCACGAGGACGAGGUGAGCUGCGUGGACACGGACGAGUGCGCCCUGAACCUGUGCUCUCACUCCUGCGUGAAUUUGGAGGGUAGCUUCGCGUGCACCUGCCCGGAAGGUUUGGAAACCUCGGAGCACGACAAGUUCAAUUGCACGGACGUGGACGAGUGCGCCAGGAACGUUCACGAUUGCGAGCACGAGUGCGUGAACGUUCACGGGAGUUACGCCUGCGGCUGCCCACCCGGAUUCGCGUUGAACCACGACAACAGGACUUGUUCCGACGUGGACGAGUGCACGGAGGAUACGCACAAGUGCGACCAGAUCUGCGUGAAUUCCGUUGGAAGUUACAACUGCUCUUGCCGGGAUGGUUACCAGCUCGAGAGAGACAGUAUUUUCAAUUGCGUGGAUGUAGACGAGUGCGAUGACCAGGAGCACGGUUGCUCCCACGAGUGUUUGAACGAGGAAGGGGGGUUCAAAUGCGGUUGCCCGUCGGGUUAUCUGUUGGGGAACGACUCGAAGAUCUGUCGAGAUGCGAACGAAUGCCUGGAAGGUACUCACCAAUGCUCCCACGAGUGCGUGAACGUUCAAGGAUCGUACGUGUGCGCCUGUCCAUCAGGUAUGAUCGUGUCGGAGGACAAAAGGCUCUGCGUCCCCCUCGACCCGUGCAACUUUGCCAAUUGUUCCCACACCUGUGAGAAGCAUCGGGACGCUUUCAAAUGCGGCUGCCCCGAGGGUCUCGUCCUCCAAGAGGACGAGAAAACCUGCCAGGAUCUCGACGAGUGCCUCGAGGACGAGCACGAUUGCUCCCACGACUGCGUCAACACGUUGGGAAGUUACGAGUGCGUCUGCCCCGACGGUUUGACGCUUCUGCAGGACGGCCUCACGUGCGAGGAUCCAUCCUGUCCCGAAGGAUUGCGCCAGGACGACGAAGGCAGGUGUCGGGACAUCGACGAGUGCCUGGAACGAAGUCACGAGUGUUCCCACAUCUGCAUCAACGAGCAUGGCGCCUAUCGUUGCUCCUGCCUCUCUGGAUGGAUCUUGUCCGACGACGGUGUCACCUGCGUCGUCUCAGACCCCUGCUCCAACUCGUCCUGCUCCCACAUCUGCCUGCCGUACGCCUCGAGUCGCGUGUGCGAUUGCCCAUCGGGAUACAAGUUGGCCGCCGACGGCGCGACCUGCGAGGACGUCGACGAGUGUCGAGACGAGUCGGCCAAUUGCAGUUUCUCGUGCAGGAACACGGAGGGAUCGUACACCUGCGAGUGCUCGCGAGGAUUCAGCCUCGGCGAGGAUGGCCGAAGUUGCGUCGACGUCGACGAAUGCGCGCAAGGAAAUCACGCUUGCUCCCACGCGUGCACGAACACCGUCGGCGGUUACAAUUGCACCUGCCCAACGGGAUGGAGGCUGAAAGAGGACUUGCGAAACUGCGGCCCUUCGACCGUCCACCGAAAUUGCUCGCACACGUACGAGCAAGACGGCGAGGAGAUCCGUUGCGGUUGUCCCGAGGGCUUCGAGCUCGAGGACGACGAGAGCACUUGCGGCGACGUCGACGAGUGCGCCGAGGAUCCCCAUCCUUGCUCUCACCGUUGCGUGAACACCAAAGGAUCCUACCAUUGCGAGUGCCCUCCCGGUCUACGACUGAGACAGGAUCGAGCAACCUGUCGGGACAUCGACGAGUGCGUCCAAGGGGGUUGCUCCCACGAUUGCGUCAACACCGAAGGCAGCUUCCACUGCACCUGUCCGCCAGGCUACGAGUUGAUCGAGGACGGGAAGACGUGCGGGGACGUGGACGAGUGCGCGAGAAAAGAUCUUCAUGGCUGCUCCCACCGGUGCGAAAAUUUGAACGGUGGAUACGUUUGUUCCUGUCCGGAGAACUUGAUUCUCGGGCAGGACAAUAGGACCUGCACAGUGGCUAGGUGCGAGCACGGGCACAAUUGCAGCCACACGUGCGUGACGAACGAGGGUGGCUACGAGUGCGAGUGUCCAGCAGGAUGGGAGUUGAGCUCGGACGGUCGGACGUGCGAGAAAAUUGAUUUUUGCGCGGGUGAACACGGCUGCUCCCACGAGUGUGUGACCGUGGUGGGUGGCGGGUUUCAGUGCCGGUGCCCGGCCGGCUACGUUCUGUCCAAGGAUGAUGAGAGGAACUGCUUGGACAGGGACGAGUGCGAGGAGGCGGGCAACGAGGUGAACAACGGCUGCUCCCAUUCCUGCGUCAACACGGAUGGAAGCUACGAGUGUGGGUGCCCGAACGGGUAUCGACUGGCCGACGAUCGAAGGACCUGCGAGGACGUGAACGAGUGCAUCGAGGACAACGGCGGAUGCUCCCAUCUGUGCGCCAACAUCGAGGGCGGCGUCGAGUGCGCUUGCCCGGAUAAUUACAAAUUGCUGGAGGAUGACGGGAAGACGUGCGUGGAGAUAGACGAAUGCCUGAUCGACAACGGCGGUUGCACCCACUUGUGCCAUUACGAGAACGGCACCGUCUCCUGUUUCUGCCCGCCAGGGAUGAUUCUGGACGAAGACAACGCCACUUGCACGGAGGAGAACAAGUGUUACGCGGAUAACGGAGGUUGCUCCCAUUAUUGCAGCUACGAGGACGGCCGAGUCUCUUGCUCCUGUCCAACGGAUCUCGUAUUGUCGGAGAACGGGACCGUUUGCGUGGAGCGAAAUAGAUGUUUGGCGGGGAACGGUGGUUGUUCCCACGACUGCCGCCACGAGGACGGAGAGACGUUCUGCCUGUGCCCGGACGACAUGAUCCUCGGGAACGACAAGCUUCUGUGCAUCUAUGCGAACAAAUGUUUCGUCAACAACGGAGGCUGUUCCGAUAUCUGCGCCUUUUUCAACGGGUCGGUCACCUGCGAGUGUCCGUCGGGGUUCAAAUUGUCGAGGGACGAUAACGCUACUUGCGUCGAUGUCGACGAGUGUUUCGAAUUGUUGGACAAUUGCACGCACCGGUGCACGAAUACGGAGGGCGGGUUCGAGUGCAGCUGCAACGAAGGAUUCAAAGCGAACCCCGUUGAACCCGCUUUCUGCGACGACGUGGACGAAUGCGAGGAUUCGAACGCCGGGUGCUCCCAUACCUGUGCGAACUUGGUAGGAUCGUUUCACUGUACCUGUCCCUCCGGAUACGUGUUGGAGAAUGACAAUAAAACUUGCAGGUUGAUCGACGGUUGCAAGCAGAACAACGGAAACUGUUCUCAUCAUUGUCAUCGCGAGGAAGGUAGCGAGGGGGUACACUGCUCCUGCCCUCUGGGAUUCAGAUUGAAACAGGAUCAGAGAACUUGCGAGGAUAUCGACGAGUGCGAGGAAUUCGAGAAUGACGUGGAUCUGGGCUGUUCGCACAUCUGCGUGAACACGGAGGGAGGAUACUAUUGCGAGUGCCCCUCCGGCUACAUCUUGUUGCCGGAGAACAAGAAGAAUUGUAUCGACAUGAACGAGUGUCUGAACGAUCGGCACAACUGCAGCCACGACUGCUUGAAUCUCUUGGGAAGCUACGUGUGCACCUGUUACGAAGGCCACUACCUCCAUUCCGAUAAAUCCACUUGUCUAGACAUAGACGAGUGUUUGGAGAGAAAUGGCGGCUGCUCUCAUCAAUGCACCAACACGAUAGGCGGCCAUUUUUGCUCCUGCCCAACCGGGUACGAGCUCUCGCGGGACGAGAAAACUUGUAUCGACGUCGACGAGUGUAAAACGGAACUGGCCGAUUGUCUCCACGAAUGCGUAAACACAUUGGGCUCGUGGAGAUGCAUCUGCCCGGACGGCCACGCGCUCGCCAACGAUUCCAAAACUUGCGUGGACAUAGACGAGUGCGAGGUGAACAAUGGCGGCUGCUCCCACGCGUGUUUCAACAUCGUAGGUGGCGUUAGGUGUAAUUGCCCUAUAGGAUUGCGCCUGGACGAGAAUGGUAGAACGUGCAACGACGUGGACGAGUGUUCAACGGAUAAUGGCGGUUGCUCGGACGUCUGUGUCAAUUUGGAAGGUAGUUUCUCCUGCCAGUGUGGGAACGGUCUCCACCUGCACACCGACGCCAAGACCUGCCUGGACGUUAACGAGUGCGAGAUGGAGAACGGAGGAUGCUCCGACAAUUGUAUCAACGAGCGUGGCGGUUAUCGUUGCGAGUGCCCUGCCGGUUUCCAACUUAAGGACGACAAAAGGACCUGCUCCGAUGUGAACGAGUGCGACGACGACAACGGCGGCUGCUCUCACGAAUGCGUGAACGAACUUGGCACUUAUCGAUGCGGUUGCCCGCUCGGUCACGAGUUGAGGAACAAAUCGUGCCACCCUGUAGAUCCUUGCGCCAACAACAACGGCGGCUGCGAGCAGAUUUGCGCCGCGACGAAUGGCACGGUUGUGUGCGCCUGCAAAGAAGGCUUCCGACUCGACGAGAACGAUCCCCCGAGGUGCAGAGAUAUCGACGAGUGCGCUGGCCAACAUGGCUGCGAUCAGUUGUGCGUGAACACUGUUGGAUCGUUCGAGUGCUCGUGUAAGGAGGGAUUCGAGAUGCGGAAUUCCACAUGCGUUGAUAUCGACGAAUGCGCCACAAUGGAUUGCAAAGGGUACGAGUGCAUCAAUUCUUAUGGCAGCUAUCGUUGCGAAUGUGACAUUGGCCAUCGAUUGGAGGGCGAUCAUUGCAUAGAUAUAAAUGAAUGCGCGUGGAACAACGGCGGAUGUGAGCAAGACUGCAUUAAUACAAUCGGUUCCUAUGUAUGCGCUUGUCGACCUGGCUAUAUACCAAGACGAAGAAAUAGAAACCAGUGCCAAGAUAUAAACGAGUGCUUGAACCAUAACGGGGGUUGCAACGGUGGAUGCGUUAACACAGCCGGAAGUUACUACUGUACGUGCAAUGGCGACCUGGUGUUGGCUUCCGACGAGAGAACUUGCAUUUCAGCGGAAUCGAGAUGCCGUGCUAUGGAGCCACCCCUACAUGCAGAAAUCAGAUGUCCAGGUCAUUCUUCCGGUGCAGUGGAUUAUCCUGUUGGAGCCAGAUGUCAUAUACAAUGUCGAAGAGGUUUCAGGCUGGAGGGGCCGCACACGAGAUACUGCAUGGCCGGGGAUCAAUGGAAUGGGAAGGAACCGACUUGCAUUCAAGCAUCGAUCGUGACCGAUUCCCGUUACCAUUCAGACAUGCCACGACCGUUCGUCAGGUGUCCCCGAGACAUGGACGUGGAACUACCCGCAAGGCAGAACACGAUACGCGUCUCCUUCCCUCAGCCCAAGUCCAACAUGAACUGGUGGAGGUACGUGGACGCUUCGCCAUCAUGGGCCAAGCAAUUGCAAGCGGAUUUACCAGCAGGUACGACGGUCGUCACUUUCACAGCAUGGUCGCCUGUUUCGAAUUAUACCAGCACGUGCAGAAUAGUGAUCCGUGUUCGAGAUACCGAGAAUCCAAAAGUUUCGACUUGCCCGACAUCCUUUGAAGUGCGGCUAAGCCCUGGCGAGCGGAAUCGCUUAAUAUUCUGGCAGGAGCCAACGUUCACCGACAAUGUCGGCGUCGAACGGGUCUACAAAACGAGGGAACCCGGACAACUGAUGUACCCCGGCAUUCACAACGUGCGCUACAUCGCUUCCGACGCAGCCGGAAAUCGAGCCGAAUGCCAUUUCUCGAUACACGUACGAGAAUCCGAGCAUCGUCGAGAUUCCGAGCCGCGAUACUACAGAAGAAGGAUGUUGAUGUGUCCCGGAAGAUCACCCCAGCCGAUACCGUCCAACGCUUACGGGUGGCAGAUACCGAGCGGAUGUUACCUCAGAUACACGAGGAUCUUCUCCGGGGCGUAUGCUGUUCAGAACUAUCGAGGGCAGAACGGUUAUCAGGAGGCGAGGGCGGCUUAUCAUCAAGUUCAUCCUGUUCACGGGGGCCAAGGUCAAACUCAACUACACUCCACAUCCUAUCCUCUUGGAGGCUAUCAGCACUCGAGACAGUAUCAGCUCCAACAACUGCGCGAGCAACAGCAGCGACGUUCCUCGAGGACUGAGCAAUCUUCAUCGAUGGCUCAUUACGGUAGAGGCCGUGUCGAGACGAGAAUAUUGCCGCGGCGUAAAUGCUGCGUGUAAAAGAAUCGGCCACCGAUUGUUCUUCCACCCAACGAGGGCCGCAAUAAAGCCGAAAGUAAUUUAACUAUUGAAGAGAGAGCGGUCUGCGGCUCGCGCAUAAAUUAUGUCAAGAGUUCCUCUCGUCGAAAGAAGUGAGGAUAAAGAGGAAAUGAGAAGGUAGAGAGAGGGAGCGUUACAAAGUUCGUUCCUCGCUUUUAAUUAAGUCUAAUUAAAAUCGGAUCGAUUUCGAUGCGAUCUCUAUCAUCAUUUCCUUCUUUCACCUCGAGACGAUUCUCGAGUGAUCGAUAAUCUUUGAUUCGAUGUAUUUUUUUUUUUUUUGUUAAACUUUUAACCCUUUGCGCAGUUCAACCAGUCGUUCGCGCGAAUUUCAAAUUCGGAGAUUUGCGUUUCGAAUUUAAGGGGAUCGAAGCGUUCGAUUGAUUGGUGAUAGAAGAUGGUUUAUGUCUUUUUAUUUUUUUAUUUUUUCUAUUAGUAAUUGGAUUACUUAAAAAAUUGUGGAAUCCAAAAGAAUCAACUUAUUUCAAUUUCCAUUCGAAUUUUAUAGAACAGAUAUCUACUACAAGCUACUUGUAAUUAACUUUACGGACUAAUGCUCUUAACUUACUUUUCUGACAAUCGUAAAAGUUAAUUAACUUUAUAUUAUUUUUAUUCUUGUAUUUUAACUUUGAAACGGUUAAAAUCAAUUACACUUCUCCAACUGCUUUUAAGCAAAAUUUCUGUUCUGUUCUGUUUUUAAUCGUGACGUAUUUCAUUCUGUUGCAACUCUUAAAUUGUACACAAUUCCCAAAUUUAAUUCUCUGAUAUUUUUAAUUUCAUUAAAUAACGAAUAUUCGUAUCGUCUUUCGUCACCAAUAAAUUAUAAACUUUUUUCUUUAUUCUUUUUUUACGAAUUCUUAAUAAUAUAACAAUUAUUGACAUCACAAGUUCAAAGAUUCAUCUAC